UUUUGAAUACAUAUAUAAAAAUGCAAAUCCUAAACUUUAAAAUGGACUUUAUAAAUUACAAGUCUAAGUUCGUGAAACCUUUUACACCAACACCCGCCAACAAGCGGUUCUACAAGAUUUCUUUCACGGAUGAGUUAGCCCCAACCAUAUACGUCCCUCUUAUUCUCUACUAUUCCGCGCCACCAAAAAUCUUGAACGGUGGUGAUCUAGCUCGAAACACUUAUGACCAUUUGGAGGAUUCGUUAUCGAAUACCUUAAGUGAUUUCUACCCAUUGGCCGGGAGAUUUAUUCGUAAGUUUUCAUUGAUUGAUUGUAAUGAUCAAGGUGUUUUAUAUGUCUUAGGCAAAACGAAUAUCCAGCUAUCGGAUAUUCUAUGCCUAGAAAAUGGGUCAAAACCCGAAAUGGUGAAUCAUUUUCUCCCUUGUGAGAUUGGUGCAGCUGAUGAAGUUGAUAACCCAAUGCUAUGUGUGAAAAUCACCACCUUUGAGUGUGGUGGUUUUGCUAUUGGUAUGUGUUUUUCCCAUAGGCUUUCGGAUAUGGGUACUAUGUGUAAUUUUAUCAAUAAUUGGGCUGCUAGAAGCAAUGGUGUAUAUGAGCAUAAAAUACCCUCCCCUAUUUUUGAUUCUAUGAAUUAUUUUCCACAAAGAGGUUUACCUGAACUUGACUUGAAAGUACCUAGGUCAAGUAUGGGUGUAAAGAACGUGGUACGCGUUCUACACUUUAAAGGAGAGGCUAUCUCGGCCAUGAGAGAAACUCUUGAAUACGAAGAUGGGUCUCGUAGACCCUCAAAAGUUCAACUCGUUGUGGCGUUGCUAUGGAAGGCCUUGGUUCACAUGGAUCAAGCCGAAAAUGGCCAAUCUAAGGCGUCUUUUCUAAUCCAACCGGUUGGACUGAGGGAUAAAAUAGUCCCUCAGUUACCCGAAAACUCCUUUGGUAACUUUUGGGGUCUUGCAACUUCCCAACUCGGCCCUGGUGAGGGUGACAAAAUGGGGUUUCAAGAUUUGUUUAAGAUUUUGCGUAACUCGGUUAAGAAAACAGCCAAGGAUUGCGCUAAGAUACUACAAAAUGGCGAAAAAGGAUACGGGGUUAUAAUUGAUCCAUAUUUAGAGUCGAACGAAAAGAUAGUAGAUAAUGAUGUGAACUUCUACUUGCUCACUUGUUGGUGUAAGUUUACAUUCUAUAAAGCCAAUUUUGGUUAUGGUAUGCCGAUUUGGUCUAGCACUGGAAAGUUACCUGUCCAGAAUUUGGUGAUCAUGUUGGAUGAUCAAGAGGGUGACGGUGUAGAAGCAUGGGUUCAUUUAGAUGAAAAGCGGAUGAAUAAACUAGAACAAGAUCCUGAUAUCAAGUUUUAUGCAAUUUAGGUUUAUUUAGCCAGCUAGGAGUUAUUGUACUAUUUAUCUUGUGUACUACCUAAGUUUUCUAAUGAAAUAGUUAAAAAAGAUGUUCAUAUAGAAUUUGUGAAA